AGAAAGGCAGCGGUUACCAUAGUAACAGAGCCCAACACAAAUACUCGGCACAGGGACUCGAACGUGCCGCCAGUGAAAACAUCGAAUAAUAAAAUAUAGAUUGUGAAAUAGUGAAAUAUUCCUUUUAAACUAAUGACAUUAAAGCACCGAAAAGUGAAAGCCUGAUUAUACCAUCACACGUUGGCAAACCAAGGAGAGUAACAGAGACAAAAAGAAGGCACUCAUUUUAUAAAGAACAGAGGACUACGCAGGAGGAAUACCUGAGCCCCCAGAAAGAAGAGACAUGAAUUUAAAUGAUUUUAUGGUGCUUCCUAACAACACAGCCAAAUCUGUGAAGCUCAAUGUCAGGAACCUGCAAGAACUGCAGAUGGAGACUGUGACUCUGGCUCAGGACAGCAUAAAGAUGGAGGAGAAACUGCAACAGCUGAAAGAGAGCAUGAGUAAAGAGAAGGCGGAGAGAGGGCACUCAGGAGGUUUUAAAUGGAAGUCUGGACACAGCGGUUCGUUAAACAGCAAUGCCCUGACAAAUAGUGCUAAGAAGAACAAGGAAAACAGACUCCAGAAGCAGCUGUCAACAGGCAAAGUGAAGAUCCGAGUGCUGAAGAAUGAACCACUGACAGCCCCAGUACAGCCACAGCCUCCACCACUGGCACCUACCACUGGUCUUCGGACGACAAGAAAAAACAGGCUCAGGGGAACAGUCUGCGGACAGUGUGAAGUCAAGACAGCUGGAAUAAUGUGUGCUGAAUGCACAGAGAACUACUGCGUUGGCUGCUUUGUCAGAUUUCACCAGAAGGGGGCACUGCAACUACACAGAAUGAUCCCCAUUCAGACAGACCUACAAACCCAUGUGAGCACUCAAGAUGUGGUCAGCUGCUUCCAGAAACAGAUGAACAACAGCUCCUCUUCCAGUACACCAAAAAUGCUUAAUCCCGGUCCAAAUCCUAAACCCAUGCACAGUGCAAAUACCAGACCAGGAGAUCAGAGUCCAGAAAAAGGACCAGAGGCUGCGACAAAACCCAAACAAAUGCACUCUGAUCCCAGCCAGGUGUUGGUCGUGAAUCACGGAAAGGAGAAGAAGGUAGAAACUGAGGAGGAGCCGGAAAACGAAGAUAGGAGUGAAUUUCUCACUUCUCUUCUUAGAGGAGAGUACAGUGAGGAGGAGUCUGCAAGAUCUUUCCAGGAGGCUCUCAGACAGUGGAGAGGGGAGAAGAGUGAUGGAGCAGAAGAACCCCUGUGGAUACCUGUCCAACCAGUAUCAGUGUCAGCUAUAGCGACCCAGGCUGACCUUCCUCCAGACAGAGGAGCUGAAGGACGAGGAGCUGGAGGAGGAGAAGGGAGGGUAACUGUCAAGGUGGAGUUCACGGAAACCAGCCUUACCUACAUGGACAGAUUGCUUCUCAAGAAGCACCGCAGAACACCAGUUGAAACUUAUCAUACUUCACUGGCCUCGGAUACAGAUCUAAAAUCAGUAUCUAACACAAACACUGAGGAAGAGACUGCAUGCAACCUAACAGCUCAGGAGGAGGAUUUUCGUCACUACUAUGCGUCAUUGUUUGCUGUUCCUGUCACCAGGGGCAGGACUGAGCCUCGUGUUUCCCCACCUGAGUCGUGCCUUGUCAUAGAAGGCCUAGAUGAGAUGGACAGAGACAUAAAUGGAGUCUUUGUUGCUCUACAGAAGACAGGCAACAGAACGGCUCCCUCUGUUCAGCUGGUCUCCAGCAAUGGAAGAACACUGGUUCCCCAAACAAACCUAACCAGUGGUGGGUCCUCAAGAGUCACUUCUCCAAGACCAGCACAACCACCCAAGCAGUUUACUGCAGCAGCACAGCCCAAAGCAACUCAGAAGCUCUAUCCAUCUAAAUCUCUGACUUCACAAGCAGCACACUCACUGAAAUCGUUGCCUUCUAAAAUUAAGCCAUCUGCUUGCCCCACUGCUGAGACUCCAAGGACUUCAAAGACAUCAAUCAGGACACAGGUCUCCAAGUCACAAAAGCAAGAUUUCACCCCCACUGUCCACAAACCAAAAGCUGAACAUGGAUCUCUACAGCUUUUGUCUUCUGGCUCAUUGCCACAUUCCCAAAUUGAGAUACCUAAAUCCUCAAAGUCUCCUCCCUCAUUUACACCUGAUGUUUCUGUACAACCAAACUUAUCUCCACAACUUUCUCAGUCUCCACCAAGCAAUCUGGAGUCCCCAAAGCAAUCCCAGCAUUCCUUGCAUGUUCCAGAGUUUCUCCUAUCAGAUAACCAAUCCCAGUGUCACCUGUCACCGGUGUCUUGUCAGCCAAAUCCACAACCAAAAUCACUGGAACCAAGUCCAUCUGUGAAAAGUAUAUCAAGUCUAUUUAGCGAGUCUUCUCUGGAUACAAAUUAUAGAUGUAAAUCAACUUCAGCAUGUGGGGAUUUCCCAGAUUCUGUGUCCUCUACUCCCAUCUCUGUUGACCACAAAUCAGUUCUGUCACAUCAGGACACGCAGUGUGUCCUGUCACUCCCAUCACAUUUCUUAAAUGUCACCCAGAAUCCUCCUUUAGCUGUGAAAAUGGAAGAGGAAGAGGAGCUUUCAGUAAACAGUGGAGAUGAAAUGUCCAGUGACAGUCUGGGUCUGGCACGGCAUGAGGGAGACUCUUCAGAAGAAGAGGCACAGAUGCAUGAAUGUUUGACAAGAUACAGCGAAAUACAAAGGAGUCCUGCCAUGUCUCAUCUAGGAGAUCCUUUUGCUCCUGAAGAUGCAGGACAAGGAAACAGUUGGCAGUCUGAUGAGCCAGAACAGCCACCAGAACCAUCUAUGAUGAUCCACAGCCAGAGUCCAGGGUCUGGAUCAGAGCAGCUCUGCGGUCGGGAUGGGUUUACGCCUCUGGAUUUGGACUUGAACUCAGGGCCUGAGGUAAACGAGCCGAGCAGCAGCCUCAGUGCCUACGGUGAAGAACACCUGGUUUUCAGAAUGAUGAAGGACAAGCACAUGCAGCCAACUGGAAUUCAGAAUCACUCAACCACACCCACUAGGAGGGGAGAAGUCUCAGCCAAUGAAACAGGAACAUCUGAGUUGGGUCCACAGCUUCGUCCGUUGUCCCGGGCAGCCCAAGAGAUAAUGGAGAUCUGUAGUGUGGAUCAAGCAGGGUGUGAGGACCCUGACCUGGACGCUGAUGCAACUGUGCACACACUUCGUGGUCUGGAGCAGGAACUCAGGCAAAUGGCAAAAGAAAUAGGAACGCAGUCUUCAGUACUUCUUAUGGUAGACAGUGGAGGUCAAGAUCAACAUGGGAAUCAGCGUUUAACACGGGGCAGAGUCAGUGAGGAACAACAAGAAGAGGAGGAGGCCACACAGAGAGACCGGCAGAGUGUCCUCUUACUACCCUGAGACAUACAGUACAUACACAGAGACAUAAACUCACAUACUGUGGAUUGUUGACAUGCACACAAAAAGUAGUUUUUAACUAAUGUUUAUGGCUCUGAAUAAAGCAAACAAAAACACAGUGAAUAUAAUUUAGAUUGUGUUUAUGUGAGGUUGGUGCAGAUUCCCCUUUAACACUACAUCUGCAGGGAACUCUUGUUGUGUAAAUCAUUGAAAAUAUAAAUGUAUUGGUUUGAAAAACAUUGCUGGAAACCAAUUAAAUGCUGUUUUUGUUAGUUAUAAUUAGUCUCUUUUGUAUGUGUCCAUGUUUUCUGUGCACUGUAUUUAUAGACAGGCAACAAAUUAAAGUGUCUUUGGAAGGUGUUGGGCCACCGU